GUUUUGUCCCUCCCUCCUCUCCAAUUGUAACAUAAACGUGUUCAUUGGUAGUUCCCUGAUAAGACAGUUCUAUAAAGAGACACAGUUCAAACUCUUCUCUACUCAUCUGUCCUCUGGACCACAGGGAAACAACAUGGCUUACAAGUCCCCUGCUCUGCUCCUGCUCCUGCUCCUCACUGUCAUGUAUGCAACAUUAGUGCUGGCCAACGAGACACCAUAUCAGAAGUUCUUAAGGCAACAUUACCAUAAUGGAGAUAUGAGUGUCCAGAUGUGUGAUUCAGAGAUGAGAAAACGUUCUUUGGUCAAUCCCUGCAAAGAGACAAACAGUUUUAUUAUUGCCCAAAAAAAUGAUAUCAUUGCAGUCUGUAAAGAAGCAGGAAAACCCUAUACAACCAGUCAAGGCAAACUCAUGCGCAUAAGCUUGAAUCCAUUUCGUGUGGUCACAUGUAAGGUGAAAGGGGCAUCUCAUCGUCCCCCUUGUAAUUACAAGGGAAACUCAAGCACCAGAAAAAUUGUCAUUGCCUGUGAGAAUAAUCUCCCUGUGCACUAUGAAGAGGGUAUAAUUGCAGCAUAGCUACAUGGCUCACCCGCUUCUGCUUUUAGCUAAUCAGUAAUACCAUCUCACUUCCGAAUACACCCAACAAGCUGUGAAAAGAACUAAACACACAACAGGAAAUUCAAACAAGUGUUAAAGUCACAUAGUCUGAACAUACUGCCAAUAUCUUGAAUACAUUGGAAAACAUACAGAGUUCCAUUUUCUUUAUAUUGAGAAAAUGUAUAAUUCUCAAUAUAUGAGCACAUGUACAGUAACAGGGCUCCAAAUAAUUGAUCACUUAUGGAUUCUGUGAGGGGGGUGGGGUUCAUUUUUGAUUAACACCUUUUAACUCAUAUUUUAUUUAAUAGUGAAUAAAUGAAUUAAAUCAACUUGCGAACCUGGCAAGUAAAUAAAUCCUGCUCCCUAUUUACUGUACCGUAUUGUGAAAUUAAUUCACCGCAUUGUCUUAGAUUGUAUUUCACUGUUUUAUCUUAUUUCAAUUGGUCUGUGAUGUAAGUUGUUCACUAGAUAACUUGUUAUGCAUUAUUGUACUAUAUGACCUCUCUACAGUUACCUAUUCAUAUAUAAUAUGCCAUUAUCAUAAUUUGUUUUAUAAAUUGCAAGUCACCUUAGAUAAAAGUGUCAGCCAAAUCCCUAAUGUAAAUGAUAUGUAUUUCUUUGCAUGGAAAAUGAAGUAGUUCAACAAAGAUUGAUAAAUCGAUGGAUGCAUAAAAAUGAACUUUUGAGAUUAUAAGUGAUGCCAGUUGUUAUGUUUCUGUUAAAUAACGUCUCUUGAUUGUGUGGAGGAGCUGUUAUGUGGAGGAAGUGGGUGUGGUUGUAUGCAAUGUCAAAGUGUCUCUAAUGUGAUGUGCUUCACAAGAGAAUCUGUCAUUUAAUCCAAGAAAUGUGUUCCUAACAUGUGCACGCUGUGUUUGGGAUUAAAUGAAUAAUCAGAAUAUGCAAUGUGCUUGUCUUUUGUCAAUCUUCUACUGAAAUAAAGCAUUAAUUUCUGCUCUUCA